AUGAUCUGCUCCCUGGGCAGCGCCACCUCAACGCGUGUCGCAAACAGCCUGGGGGCCGGCAACGCGGAGGGUGCACGCCUGGUGUUCCGCGUGUCGGCGCUGCUAACGCUCUGCAUCGGCGGCGCGGCGGCCUGCCUCACCUACCUGCUGCGGCGGCCCCUGGUGUCCCUCUUUACGGAGGAGCCCGCAGUGGUGGCGCUGGCCGCGCGGGCGCUGCCCUUCAUGGCCCUCUCGCUGCUGGGCGACAGCUGUGUCGCAGUGCUGGGGAACGUGCUGCGGGCUGCGGGGCGCCAGGGCUACGGCGCCACCCUCAACAUCCUGGGCUACUGGUGCCUGGGGCUGCCGCUGUCCAUGUUCCUGGGCUUCAGGCUGGAUCUGGGCAUCAUUGGCUUCUGGAUUGGGCUGUCCACAGCGGCGGCCUUCCAGGCGGUGGUGUUUGCCACUGUCAUAUCGCGCUUUGACUGGCGGCACGAGGUCCAGCGCUCGGAAGACCUGCUGGCAGCGAACCUCGCCGCAGGGGGCGGCGGCAAUGCAGAGGCGACGCCGCUGCUGCCUGAUGACGGCGGCAGCGGCAGCGGCAGCAGCGGUGACGAUGGCGGUGCCGCAAAGGCGAGCGGCGGCGGCCUUGUGAUCUCUCCAGAUGACGAGGAGACGGGGGCGGGGGCGGCUGCUGCAGCAGGAGUGCAGUCCACGCUGGAUGGUGACCUGCGCAGUCCAUUCCUGCCGCAGUGA